ACGGGCCAGUAAAGCCCAAAGAAUUUUGUGAAUGAGCUUCCCCCCCCCCCACUCCCGCCGGGCACGGCCCGCCCACUUGCCCUCCAUUGGUUCAGUGAGGGAAGCCCCGCCCUAGAGGGAGGGACUGGUUUGAAUCAAGACUCUGAGAUUACGAGGUUCGGGUAGAAGCCCGGGGAACCCGAAGCAAGAGCCAUGCGUCCGAGCUGACAGCAAAAGCCGGGGAACCAAACACACCCUUCUCGCUUUCCUUUCCUUGCGGCUGCCGGGAUAGGGGACUCUGGUGGGACCUUCCAGGAAACAUCAAGCUAGACUUCUAAGCCAGCAGGUCCCUCCCAGAGUGUCCAACCCGCCCAUUUUACAGAGGAGAAAACUGAGACCCAGAGCUAGUUACGGAGGGAGUCGUGGGUAGAACACAAGCUCAGGGAUCUGGGAGGAGGCUGAGAGGCUGAACCAGGGUCCCCAGAACCGUCCCUCCAACCUGCCCUCCCCGCCGCCUGGGACAUGGAGCAUCGGCGAAGGCCAGCCAGGUCCCCUGGCCUGGUCAGCGAGCAGGAGUGAGCCAGCCAGCCCUCUACCAUGCCCCCGGGGCCCUGGCUUUGCUUGGCCUUGCUCCUCGCAGCCCGGGCCCAGAGCUCCUGGAACCCCCGGCCCAGCAGGGCCCAGCCCCGGAGGCCCAGCGACCCGGGCAGUGCGCGCCACGCUCGCAGCUACCAUCACCUGGAAGGUGACAUCCGCUGGAGAAGGCUCUACUCCUCCACCCACUUCUUCUUGCACAUUGGGCCCAGUGGCAGGGUCGAAGGCACGCGGCAGCCCCACUGCCCCAACAGCAUCGUGGAGAUCCGCUCGGUCCGAGUGGGCGUAGUGGCUAUAAAAGCAGUCUACACAGGCUUCUACUUGGCCAUGAACCGCAGGGGGAAGCUUUAUGGAACGAGGGAAUACAGCCCCAACUGCAAGUUCAUGGAACGAAUUGAGGAGAAUGGCUAUAAUACCUAUGCUUCCCUUCGCUGGAGACACGAAGGCCGACAGAUGUUUCUAGCCCUGGAUGGACGGGGUGCCCCUCGCCAAGGUGGCCGGACCCGCCGGCAGCACCUCUCCACUCAUUUCCUGCCUAUCUUGGUCUCCUAAGCCUGAAGAAAGGGUCCUUGUGUAUAGAUAUAUAUUUUUUCUCUAUUUAUUAUUUUUAAAAAGACAAACAGGGGAAAGGAAGAUAUCUCUUUUUGAAGACCUUGUAAAAAAAAAAAAGCCUGGGGAGUUCCCAAGCCAAUAACUGGAGAAUGUAGAGGCCCUGAAGAUUCUGGGAUUCUCGGCCCCCCAGAGAAGGGGUAGCCACUGCUAGACUGUGUAUUUAUUAUACAAAUACUUGGAACACAAAAAUCAAGGAUCAGUGCAGCUGUAUUAACUGGCAUUUCUGAGUGCCUUAAGGCUUACAAAAUGUUUUCCUCACAACAGACCUAUGAAAGAGAGAGCUCAAAUAAAAUUAUUUCUAUUUUACAGAGGAUAAAACUGAGGCCAGAAAAAGGAAGUGAAUUGCCUAGGUUCACACAGGUAAUAAAUGGGCUGAAUCAGUACUUAAGCAAACCCCAAUCUCUUGACUUCAAACUUCACUAUGUUGUAACCCAGCGGCAUUGGGUCUUCAUUUUCCUUAGGAGAAGUGGGGAUGAGGUUCAGAAUCUUAUCUGCUAUUCUUCGAAGUGGCUCUGGACUUCAAAGUAGGCAGGGUGGUCAUAGCAUCCCUGGGCAGAGGGCCCAGCUCUUUAACUCACAAAUGGAACCGUGACCUUCCCCAUUGUGGGCCCAUCUUCCCAUCUAUAUGGCGAAAGAUGUUGGACUCAGUGGUUUUUAACAUUCUUUGUUUGAUGGGCCAUUCUAGUGCUUAAAACUCUAUAUUCUCUGUUCUAAAAGACCUUCCAAUUCUGACCUUUUAUAUCUACUAGCCUUCUACUUCAGAUAUUCUAUAUCUUUUAUUCUCUGACCCCUUCUGAUUUGGGCCUUCUAUGAAUGUCUCAGGUAUGUGUAAACUCCAUCUCUGACCGAAGUUCUAAGUCUGCUCCAGCUCUGAUGUUUUAUAUCUUCUAAGGAAAAUAUGGCAAUAAGGGCAAACCCAUUACAUGAAAAUCCAGAUUCAUAAGAAAAUCAGAAUAUAAAGCUUUAUAAAAAAGAUUUUUGGAAGAGGGAAGUCCAUUAGGGACUUUAAAAUACUACUUAAUUUACAGAAUUUCAUUUUUCUCUCUACUUUACUAGGGUUCUGCCAAAAAAUAAGCCCAAGCUCUUUCUUAGAUGGCCAUGGCCCAGGUUAGACCUGGAAUAGGGCAAUGGUAUACUGAUAAAUGUUUAACAGCCAGAUUUUUGGAGGGAAAAAAAGGUAUGCAGGACAUACUUUUAAGUUUAGUCUUCAUUAUUAACAUGGUUUCCAUCACUUCCUUAAGUCUGGACACUCAACAAAACAAUAAAUCAAGUGCCUAUCUGUAGCAGUUGCCAAUUUCUACAGUGUAAAUACAAUAAAAAUUUAACAAUUAGGUCUUGAGAGCUGAUUAGAAUUAGCUUUAACCUGUUUCUGGCUGGACAUGACUCAAAGUGCCUUUGAGAACUGGGUGUCUCCUAGCAUCCUCUCCACCAUGAAAGGCUGCAGGAGAAGGCUGGGCCCAGGUGAGAAGCUAGGUUGAUCCUAAGGCUAGAAACAUAAUGAGUGUAUAUCCAUCCCUGGGGUAAAUGUUUAUGGUUUUUUUCUCUGAAUUUCCUCCAUUUCUCUAUCAUGAUGUUACUGAAACUUGGAAGGGACAGAUAGGAAAAAGAAUGUCAGAGCAAGAAAGGUCCUUCUUCACCUUGUAGGCUGGUACCUUUCAAACACGAGAAGUAUUCCUCCCUAAAAAGCAUCUUCUCAAAGGGAGUUUGCCACUGUUAGGUCCUUAGAUGAGUAAGAAUGACCUUCUAUUUGUGAGCUUAACAAAGUGGCUUCCCUUCCAUUCUCAUAUGCUUGCAUCACCCUAAUGCAGAAGACCAGACAUGAAUUAUUACUGUUGUUUUACAGAUAAGUAAGCUGAGGACUCGGAGCAGGAAAGGGACUUAUCCAAGGAAUUAUAUGACAAGAUAGAGUUAGUAACUAAGGAGUCUUAUUUCUUAGAGACAAUUCAAGAGUUAGAAUUAGGUCCCAUCACUUUUUAUAACCUUCAGCAUGUCAUUUUCUCUUUUCCAUGCCCAAAUUUCUCCUUCCACCAAGCAAUAAGUAUGUGAAAUACUAGCACAAUAAGCCUCACAUUGUGAGCUUUCUAAAGUGUUCAUGAAAGAAACAUAGGUGGUUACUAUAAAUUCAUGUUUUUUCCUAAUAUUCUACACCAUGUUGCUACUGAAACUUGGGAGGGACAGAUAGGAAAAAGAAUGUCAGAACAAGGGUUUUAUUCAAUUAAAUUUAUGAAAUAGAGAUUCAGUACAGAGGAUACAAAGCAAAAGCCAAAAUACAACCUUUUCUCAAAGAACUUAGAAUCCUUUGCAAAUUCUUGCUUGUCCAAAAUGAAGAGAGUUAGAGAGCAGAAGACCGAAGAGAUAACUUUGUUUCUUCUUUACCUUCCUUCCUCUUUAAUUUCUUUUUUAGUCCCUUAAUUUCUUAUUAUAGUAAGCAUUUCUGGCACUAUAUCAAAAUGUAAAAGAUAAUGGACAUCCUUGCUUUAUCCCUAAACUUAUUGGAAAGGCUUCCAGUUUAUCCCCAUUACAUGAAAUACUGCCUCUUGGUUUCAGAUAGAUAACUUAUAUUAAGGAAAGGUCCAUUUAUCCCUAUAUUUUUCAGCGUUUUUUUUUAAACAGGAAUGAUAAUGAACAUGGUUUGAGGGGAGUCCCUACUCCACCAUCUCUCCCUCCUUACCACCUUUCAGCUACCUCUACCCAGGCUCACGAUCCUAUUUUAUCAGUCUCCUACUAGGAAGGGAGGAUCUUGAGUCACAUAUUACCUCAAUUCUGAAUUCAAACUCUGUCCUCCUCUGUUCAAGGGAGAGGCCAAGGGAAUUUUUUCUCUCCUAUGUCCAAAAGGAAACACCCUAUAUUAAGACUAGGGCACAUACUUGGGUACCUGGGGCCUGAAUCACCAAGAAGCCAAGGCCCUUCCCAGUGAGAGAAUGGCAGAAUGUGGCAAGAGCCCAGGAAGAACCAUUCUUGAAGCAGCAGAUCUGGCAUUUGCUACUCAAGCGCACAAAAACUCAUUUCUAUUAGACUGUAAGCUCCUUGAGAGCAGGAACUGUCUUUUGCCUUUUUUUUCCCCCAGCA